GACUGACUCUGAAUCGCACUCGCAUGCGGAACAGAAGAUCGGGAGAAAGAUUGAAAUGUCCGCCUUUUCAGUAACGUCGUGACGUUGACGCACAAAUGUUCAGCGCCCGCUGUCCAAAUUUAACGUGGCGUGCCGGUUCCAGCGAAAAAAAAUGAGACGGAAUAUAAAAGUGCUGUUGUUCCUAUGCAUUUCUUGGAUAUUUGUCGUUGUUUACUACCUUCAGACUGCGGAAGUUGGCAAGGGUGAAAACCGGGCUCUUCGACUCAAGGAGAGUGCAAGUUUGCAGCCACAAUAUGAGGAACUUGGAGCUGUGGCACAGUUAGCGGUUCAGGGAAGUGUAGAGACGACAGAUGGACGACUGUCCUGGAAUUACUUCGACGAGGAAGGUUAUGUGUCUAGGGGUGGACUGAGACAGGGAGAAGAUCCCUAUAUCAGGAAUAGGUUCAAUCAAGAGGCCAGUGACAAUCUUCCGAGUAAUCGGGAGAUACCUGAUACGAGAAAUCAAAUGUGCCGAAGGAAAAAAUGGGAAUCAAUGCAGCUUCCAUCAACUAGUGUCAUAAUAACCUUCCACAAUGAAGCUAGAUCAACCUUGUUGAGAACAGUUGUUAGCGUGUUGAACCGAAGUCCAGAACAUCUAAUAAAAGAAAUCAUUCUUGUGGAUGAUUUCAGUGACAAUCCUGAGGAUGGUGAAGAAUUGGCAAAAAUCCAAAAAGUGAGAGUAUUGAGAAACGAUAAGCGCGAAGGACUCAUGAGAUCAAGGGUGAAAGGAGCAGAUGCAGCUAAGGCUUCUGUUCUCACUUUUCUGGACAGCCAUUGUGAAUGUAAUGUCAACUGGUUGGAGCCGCUACUUGAAAGAGUUGCCGAGGAUCCAACUAGGGUAGUUUGCCCAGUGAUUGAUGUCAUAAGUAUGGAUAACUUUCAGUAUAUUGGUGCUUCAGCUGAUCUGAGGGGAGGUUUCGAUUGGAAUUUAGUUUUCAAGUGGGAGUACUUGAGUUAUGCGGAAAGGGAGAGCAGGCAGAGGGACCCAACUCAGGCCAUACGAACUCCCAUGAUAGCCGGAGGACUCUUCGUUAUAGAUAAGGAUUACUUCAACAAACUCGGAAAAUACGACAUGCAGAUGGAUAUUUGGGGCGGAGAGAACUUGGAGAUAUCCUUCAGGGUCUGGCAGUGCGGAGGAAGCUUGGAAAUUAUCCCUUGCAGUCGAGUAGGUCACGUGUUCCGAAAACGCCACCCUUACACAUUCCCCGGGGGUAGUGGAAACGUGUUUGCGAAAAACACUCGAAGAGCAGCCGAAGUUUGGAUGGAUGAUUACAAACAUUUCUACUAUGCUUCAGUGCCUUUGGCCAAAAAUAUUCCAUUUGGAGACAUAUCUGAACGUGUGCGACUGAGAAACGAACUUCAAUGUAAACCUUUCAAGUGGUAUCUUCAAAACGUCUACCCUGAAUUAUCCAUACCCCAUUCCACAACUUCACACACCGGAGAGUUCAGACAGGGCAUAUUCUGCCUGGACACAAUGGGGCACCUUCUGGAUGGAUACGUGGCUCUGUACCAAUGUCACCAUACUGGAGGCAACCAGGAAUGGAGCCUAACCAGCACAGGAUUCAUCCGACAUCACGACUUAUGCCUGACACUGCCCAACUUCAUGAAGGGUGCCCAAGUGGUUAUGAGAGUUUGCGAUGGUUCUGAAAACCAGAAAUGGCAUCGCAUAGAACCUGGCGGUCUUUUGAGGCACGCCAAGUAUCCCUUGUGUUUAGACUCUCGAUUGAACGAUAUCCAUGGCAUUACAGCUGAAAGAUGUAAUAGUGCUUCAGACACUCAGAAAUGGCAACUGACCUACUCUUCCUAAAUGCCAGUUUAGUUAGUUAUCGUUUUGUAAAUAGAUGUACAGAAAAGUCUGCCUAAGAUCGUGAAUUAUGAAAUUCGUCCAUAUCUCUCUAAGACCGUAUACCAUUUUUUCUAUGGGCAUAUUAUUGCAGGUCCUCGCCGAAUGCCCUCACUAUACAGGAUGAGUCUUCAACUUGUGCAUAUAUUUUAAAAGAAGAUUAAAUUCGAAGAAUUGUGUACUUUGGCCGAAUGCAACUUUUUCCAAAAGAUCCACAGAUGUGUCCAUAAAUUUACCUUAUUAUUCUGAAGAAAUU